CGAAAAUAUUUACGUGAACCCAUCACUUGAUGUGCGAAAAGGGAAGGGUGCUUGGGAAACAUUGAAGAAACAGCCAAUUGCUGGCAAAAAUUGUAUCUAGUAAAUAGUAUUUUCGUGCGUCGAUUGUGCAUCCUGCUGCUAGUUUAUGCAGAGUCUGUAAUCGACAGUCUGUUCGUUUCUGAGUUGUGAUCAUAUGUGGUGCUAAGGUGUGAAGGAGAAUGCUUCGUUUCUUCCAGCAGCAGUGGUGAUUCAUUGAAAACGCAAACAAUAGUCGCACGGUACAAGGAUACUGGAACAAAUUAUUACGCAUAGUUGUGCUGUUGAAGGUGCUAGCUGGGUGAUUCCUGAGUUAUUAUCUCAAGCAGAGUUGGUUAGCAAGUUAGUUCCACAAUCGUUGGAUUACUGUGAGCAAUGACAAUGGGAGAUGACACUCCAGUGGUCACUUCUUUGAUGUUGCCAAUUCUGAUACGCCCAAUUCUAUCUCAGUUGGAACGCCGAGAUGUGGUCGCUUCGCAAACACUGAGAGCAGCUCUGACUAAGGCAGAGCAAACGCAUCCGGGAAUGACGUACGAUCUGGUGAUGGGUAUCAUCAAGAAGGGCGACAUCAACGUUAACAUGAACGAGAGCAUCCUGAGACUGCAGGGGGCAGCAACCGAUAGCGACUUAAUUGAAUAUCGCUUGAAUCGUACGGAGGAUGCAUUCCAGGAGUUAAACAAAAAAUCGUCCGCCCUUAAGCGUAUCCUCAGCCGGAUCCCCGAUGAAAUCACAGAUCGGAAGACGUUCCUAGAAACUAUCAAGGAAAUCGCCAGUGCCAUCAAAAAGCUGCUGGAUGCAGUGAACGAAGUGGUUGGCUUCAUUCCAGGCUCUUCCGGCAAGCAGGCGGUGGAGCAACGCAAAAAGGAGUUCGUAAAGUAUUCGAAAAAGUUCAGCACAACGCUUAAAGAAUACUUCAAAGAGGGAGAAGCCAACGCUGUUUUCGUAAGUGCUUUGUACCUGAUACAUCAGACGAAUCAAAUUAUGAUCACGGUGAAGAACAAGUGCGAAUGAGAUGCUAGCCCACGUGGGAGGAUAACUUCUGGAGAACAGAAAAUAUAUAUAUAGAAGUUGUUUUUACUUGACGUUUUCUUGAGGCUUCGGUCCUAACUAUAGAAGCCAUGCUGGUCGAAACACGCGUAAAGAAAUUCUUUAUUUAGUAGACCUAACAGGAAACGGGAACUGGCAAGCAGCAGCAUGCGUUUCGUUAUCAGAACUGAGAAAACGUUUCUGAUGUCGUAUUAUUAUAUCAUUUCAUAUUAUUAUUAUUACUAUUAUGAUUAUCAUUAUUAUUAUUGAGAUAGAGAAGAAUAAAAAUAGAUUUUUUAAAUGA